AUGGUGAUAAGGGUAUUUUUCCUGCUGGCCAUCUUUACUAAGACAUUGGCAGGCCUGUGUACCCCAAAUAAAGCAGAUGUUAUUCUUGUGUUUUGUUAUCCUAAAACCAUCAUCACAAAAAUACCAGAGUGUCCCUAUGGAUGGGAAGUGCACCAGCUGGCUCUUGGAGGGGUUUGUUACAAUGGAGUCCAUGAGGCAGGUUACUACCAGUUCACAAUCCCUGACCUGUCACCUAAAAACAAGUCCUAUUGUGGAACCCAAUCUGAGUACAAGCCCCCUAUCUACCAUUUCUUCAGCCACAUUGUGUCCAACGACAGCACAGUGAUUGUGAAGAGCCAACCGGUGAAUUAUUCCUUCUCUUGUACGUAUCAUUCAACCUACUUGGUCAACCAGGCUGCCUUUGAUCAGAGAGUGGCCACAGUCCAUGUCAAGAACGGGAGCAUAGGCUCCUUUGAAAGCCAGUUGUCUCUGAACUUCUAUACCAAUGCCAAGUUCUCCACUAAAAAAGAAGCCCCUUUUGUGUUGGAAACCUCAGAAAUUGGGUCGGAUUUGUUUGCAGGCGUGGAAGCCAAAGGGUUAAGUAUUAGGUUUAAGGUGGUCCUGAACAGCUGCUGGGCCACACCUUCAGCAGACUUCAUGUAUCCCAUGCAGUGGCAGCUAAUUGGUAAAGGAUGCCCCACUGAUGAAACUGUUUUGGUGCAUGAAAAUGGCAAGGAUCACAGAGCAACUUUUCAGUUCAAUGCUUUCCGCUUCCAGAACGUGCCCAAACUCUCCAAGGUUUGGCUACACUGUGAGACGUUCAUUUGUGACAGUGAAAAGUUCUCCUGCCCAGUGACCUGUGACAAAAGGAAGCGAUUCCAUGAAGAGACUGGAGGAGUGUUAGUUGUGGAACUUUCUAUCCGUAGCCGAGGCUUCUCCAAUCAUUAUGCUUUCUCAGAGAUUCUCUAUCACCUGGUCUUCAUGCUUGGCUUCUUCGCUGUGGUAGGAGACCACACAGCAUCUGUGGCCCCCUGAUCCAAGGUCACCCUUUGCUGAUGACAAACUCAUGUUCAUUUCUGCUGCCAAAAGCAAAGCAAAAUAUUCUCUUAUCAGGAAAGUGAAUAAAACUUGGGCAAGUUUUUGUUUCAGUAAUUUGUCUAAAUUCCCCACAUUUGGAGGGUUUUUGUUUGUUUAGUCGCUGUUCCCCAAUUUCUAUCUGUUGCUCCUUCUAGAGAUUGAAGGGGGCUUUCCUAUUCAUUCAGUUCCUCUUCCUUUAAUUGGGAGAGGCUUGUUUCCCUUCCAAAUUUAAAAGUCAAGGGCUGCAGCAGAGUCCUUUGAAAACUAUGCUGAAGAUAACAGUGAACGGAUCAAACAAAGCUGACCUUUUGAACAGGAGUUGAGGGCCAUUCAUUUUGAGCCAAUCCUGGUGUAGCAUGCCUAAGAAAGGUCAGCUCUUCAGAUAAGCAUGAUGCUAUCUACGCAGAACUGCUAGGCUUGGGCUGCCAACCCCUGAAAUAAAUGUGUGACAAGGUAUGAGAGGUAGUGGCCACUAUGGGAAAACCAGGGGUCUCCAGCCUUUUCUCAGCCUGGCCACAAAAUAAAUUCUUGGUCUCUGACCACUUGAGGAGACUUCAAGCACCAUCAAUGAAUGGCUCUUUUUUAUUAUACUGAAGUAAUAUAGCACUUAGCAUAGUAGGUACUCAAUACUUGUUUGUUGAUCUGAAUGAAAUAGGAAUAGGAAUACUUACAGCACACUUGUGUAUACAAAGUGCUUUCGACAUACCCCAGCUCAUUUGCGAAAUCCGAAACAUCUCAAACUACACAAGUUACACACACAUACAUACACACACACACACACACACACACACACAUAUAUACACACCCCUCCAAAAACAAAUGAACAGUUACUGAUUCAACAGUAGGAAUUUAUUGUAAUAACUAUAUAAGCAGUAAAGCUUUCAGUUCAAACCACAGAACCUAAAGCUAUUUAGGAAGUUUCAGCUCUAGUAGUUUCAACUUUUAGUAGUAAGGAACACAGGAGAAAAGCAUUUUAUUCUAAUCAGAAACCUUUUGGCUAGUAAAUAGUAAAUUUAUGUUCACAUUCUUCUGAAUAUAAAUCUUUGAUCAGCAGAGCAAAUCAAUGUCUGUGUUUGGUCUGGUUUAUUUUAUUAUCAGCUUUUACAAUCCUGUGUAUCUAUCGGCCUGGUGCUAUGUAAUAAAAAGUUUCUAAAACAAAUAAUUUGUAUUUGUUGUUUACACCUAGAAGCAUCAUUCUUGAUAACCAAUUCUCCAGCACACCUAUGAGAGCCUACCCCAAUUUCUUUUACUUGCAAAUACACUACAGGCCCACAGUCACCACUGUGACCUAUAAAUUUCUGUGUUGUUUACUGUCAGAUUUCCAGGUGCAGAAAGGAAAAGAAUCUUUUCUGGGGAAACAGUGACUUUGGUCAACUGGAAAUCAUAAUGACUAAACUUCUACUUGUCUCUACUUUUUUUCUAAUUAUCAAUAUCUGUGAGCAAUAAAGAAAGUAUUCCCAAAAAGGCUCUCCUGUCACCUACUAGAGGUAUAUCAUGCAUAAAAGAUAGAAAAUAUAGGUAAGGGCAGAAAGAAAUAAAUGUUUUCUUCCUUGUUUACAAUUUAUAGAAGAAAAAGGGGCCAGGCAUCAAAUAUAGAUUUUAUGAAUAGUCAAAAUCCUCAGGGUAAGGGAAACCUGGAAAACUUAGCCAAUGACGCCUUCAGCUAAAACAAUACAUUAAUAGAGGAUAGACAGGAUAGGUCAGGCUCCUCCUACAGGAGAUCUUGAUUCCCCAGCUGCCAUUUCUGCUGUCACCAAAAUUAUCUUUAUUUUGUAUACACUCAUAUACAUACAUACAACCAUAGUCUCUUCCAGGAAGUUAUGUUUUAUGUAUGCCUUUGUAUUCCCAGCAAGUACCCUGUAUCAGUACCUGGCACAUAGUAGGCCUGUAAUAAAUGCUUGUUAA